AUGUCAGGACCACUGCAUUACUACCCAACGUCUUCGGACCAAGAGAACGGUGAACAGGGAAUCGAGACUGCAAAUGCUCCAGCAUCAGUGCCUCUAACGGCAUUUUCACUUUGGGCAGAUACGAUGCGCGGGACGGUCAGAGGAGAACAUCCGGAUUUGGAGAUGGAUGAUGUUGAGCUGAAAUUGACAGCUAUGUGGAGAGAUUUGACCGCAAACGAGAAGAACGUGUUUGAAGAGAACUUGAAAAAGAUGAGGAAAUAUGACAUGCCGUGGUGCGCUUAUUUUCUUUUCUGUAAAGAGAAACGGAGAGAAUUCACCGACAAGCACGGAAACCUCCCCGGAGGGGAGGUAACCAAGAUUUUGGGCGCCACAUGGAAAAAUUUGUCUGCAGCCGAAAAAGCUCCAUAUCUCGAGAAGAGUGCUGAGAAGAAAAAAAUCUACAGAGCUAAAUGGGGCGCCACUCAAAAAGAAGAACGAGAAGCCGUGAAACGUCAGAAUGCUGCAAAAAGACAGGCCACUGCUGCCGCAGCUGCUGGAAAUCCUCGGCCGGCAAAGCGUACCCGGAUCAACCAUUCUGCUCGUGAUGUGCCUCCCUUGUCUCCUCGAUCGCUGUCACAAAGUCCGUUGCUUGGCUCAACUUCGUCAGAUUACUACAGGAGCUCCACCAGUCCUUCGGAGUCAGAACCUAACGCAUGGAAUGAGCUCGAAAGCAUCCAGCCAACAUUCAUUGUCACUGGAGACUUCCCAUGGCAGCAGAUUUGCCAAGAAUUUGGUCUUGAAAAUAAUACUUUUAAAUAA